AUGACUAGUACUGAGGCCACCCGGUCAGGUAACUUGAUUCUGGACCACUGUUUUCUUUUUGGUAACACCGUGUUGGUAUUGUUUGACUCAGGAGCUUCACACUCCUUCAUAUCCCAUGACUGUGUGGAGAGAUUGGGAUUGUCUACUCGUGAUCUGGGAUGCGAGUUGAUGGUCUCGACACCAGCAUCUGGACAGGUUUCAACAAAUCUAGCCUGUGUUGGAUGCUUGAUGGAGGUAGAGGGCAGAUGCUUGAUGGAGGUAGAGGGCAGACGCUUCAAGGUGAAUCUAGUUUGCUUGCCCUUGGAGGGAUUGGAGGUCAUUCUGGGAAUGGACUGGUUGUCUAUCAACCAUGUGGUACUUGAUUGUGGACGGCGCAGGAUUGUGUUUCCAGAAACAAAGGGGAUAAAGUUGGUGACGUCUGGAGAGGCAGUGAAAGAGAUGAAGCAAGGAUCUACUUGUUUUGUGAUAGUAGCCCAAGAGAAAAAGAUGAGCACCAAGGAGCAGAUCAGCAGAAUAUCGGUGGUGGAUGAAUACGCCGACGUAUUCCCAGAUGAGAUACCUGAGUUACCACCCAGCCGGGAUAUAGAUUUCUCAAUUGAUCUAAUCCCUGGAGCGGGUCCAGUGUUGGCAGCUCCGUACAGAAUGGCACCAGCGGAACUAGCAGAAUUGAAGAAACAGAUAAAAGACUUGCUAGAGAAGAGAUUCAUCUGA